AUGUCGACAAUUACCAGCGAUGAGAUCGGUGAGAAGAUCUUACAGUCGUCAGAGAGUAUUACAAAGAGUUAUGCUCGGCUGCAAUUGUUGAUGGAGAACUAUUCGACCAUCGAGUUCCGUUGGAAGAAGUACAAUACUAAAAAACGCCAGAACCGGCUUGAAAAAGCAUGGCAAAAGAUGCCUAUUUUGCAACGACCUGAUCUCUGGGAGUACAACCGAACCGGCUAUGAUGGUAGUUCCGACAACCCUGCGGUAUUCAUGUGGCCUGAUAUUAGCUUGCGGGCAUUGAAGGAUGAGAACACACUUUUGGAUUUCCUGAGCGCCCGUUGCCAUGACCCACCUUAUAAUUUCAUCUUCGCCGACCGCGAGGCAGUAGAAUUUGGCGUCAUGACCUCGAAUAUUCAGCAGGAAAAACACUUGGCUGAAACCUACGACGUCGUGUUUUAG